AUGCCUCUGCCGCUGGCCUGCCUGCUGCUUCUCCUCCUCUCCACCCACAGUGCCCUGGCCCUCAAGAUCUGCUCCUUCAACGUGAGGUCCUUUGGGGAAUCCAAGAAGGCAAACUGUAAUGCCAUGGAUGUCAUUGUGAAGGUCAUCAAACGCUGUGAUAUCAUACUCCUGAUGGAAAUCAAGGACAGCAACAACAGGAUCUGUCCCACGCUGAUGGAGAAGCUAAAUGGAAAUUCAAGAAGAGACAUAACAUACAACUAUGUGAUUAGCGCUCGCCUUGGAAGAAACACAUAUAAAGAACAGUAUGCCUUUCUCUAUAAAGAAAAGCUAGUGUCUGUAAAACAAAGCUACCUCUACCAUGACUAUCAGGCUGGAGACGCAGAUGUGUUUUCCAGGGAGCCCUUUGUGGUCUGGUUCCAGUCACCAUACACCGCUGUCAAGGACUUCGUGAUUGUCCCCCUGCACACCACCCCUGAGACAUCCGUUAGAGAGAUUGAUGAGCUGGCUGAUGUCUAUACAGAUGUGAAACGUCGCUGGAAUGCAGAGAAUUUCAUUUUCAUGGGUGACUUCAACGCCGGCUGCAGCUACGUCCCCAAGAAGGCCUGGAAGGACAUCCGCCUGAGGACAGACCCCAAGUUCGUUUGGCUGAUCGGGGACCAAGAGGACACCACGGUCAAGAAGAGCACAAACUGUGCCUAUGACAGGAUCGUGCUUAGAGGACAAGAGAUUGUCAACUCUGUUGUUCCUCAAUCAAACCACAUCUUUGAUUUCCAGAAAGCUUACAGGUUGUCUGAAAAGAAGGCCCUGGAUAUCAGUGACCACUUUCCAGUUGAAUUUAAACUUCAGUCUCCGAGGGCCUUCACCAACAGCAAAAAAUCUGUCUCUUCAAAGAAGAAAAAAAAGGCCAGUCGUGCCUAG